CGAAAGCCUCACGUGACCCGCCGCCGCGGACUCGCGCGCCCAGCUGUAGCGUCAGAUCGGCCCUCGCUCGCUCACUUCUCGCUGCCUGCUCCCGGUGGCCCUGAAGGCGUGCGCGCCAGAGGCGGGCCCAGAAUCGGAGGCGAAGGGGAAGCAGGUGUGCAGGUCUAAGUGUCGCGGCGGCGCACUCUCGGCGAGAAUCGGGAGGAGGAGGAGACUGCAAGGAUAGGCCCAGGAGCAAUGGCGUCCAAAGAGGAACAAGCAGUAAAAAAUCUCAACGUGGACAAUGCCAAACAGGAAAAUGAAAAAAAGGAUGAAAAGGAGCAAGUUGCUAAUAAAGGAGAGCCCUUGGCUCUCCCUUUGGAAGCUGGUGAAUAUUCUGUGCCUAGAGUAAAUCGUAGGCGGCUCCGUGUUAGGCAGCCCGUCCUGCAGUAUAGGUGGGACAUGAUUCAGAGGCUUGGAGAACCACAGGCAAGGAUGAGAGAAGAGAAUAUGGAAAGGAUUGGGGAGGAGAUGAGACAGCUGAUGGAAAAGCUGAGGGAAAAGCAAUUCAGUCAUAGUCUGCGGGCAGUUAGCACUGACCCUCCUCACCAUGACCAUCAUGAUGAGUUUUGCCUUAUGCCUUGAAUCCUGAUGCUUAACCUGAAGUUAAUAGGAAGACACACCUGCUUCCUAAACUUAAUGUUCUCAGUGUACCUUUGUUGUAAACCUAUUGGUGUUAUAUGUCUCUUGUGGGUCUCCUACAGCCAGCUUCUAAUUAAAUGUAUUUUGACCCAAAAUGUAAGAUUCUGUCAGCAGGGGAGUUUUACCCUAUUGCAUGGCAAGAUGUUCAUUAUAUAUUGUGAAGUUAAUAAAGCGGUUUAAAAGACA